AUGACUACUACACUUAGAUAUUUAUCGCCACAGUCAAAUCGCACUACUCUCUUCUUCAGACACAAAGUUUUUAUCGUCUUUUUGGCUUUGAUCUGUCUCUUGGAGACGUGUUCAGCAGGAACAAGUGAUUCAGCCCUAACGGAAGAUUGUGGUUUCACGCCUGCGACAGACGGGGUCAAUGGAGAGAUCGGCAAUCUGAUGGAUGAAGUCAGCCGAAUGACCGGUCAUGUCAUAGAUCUCCAAAGACCAGGUAACACCGCCGAUUAUUACAAAAUGGCUGCAAUCAGAGGUAUCUGCUCUGAGAACAAACAGAAUGCUAGCCGAAAAAUCUUAUCGGAUAAGGGAAAAGCCCAAAAGGAUCUGGAUGCCAUCAAUAAGCUCAUUGACCAAAUCAUAAAGUUAUUGCGGGAUUUCAUCAAACUGCCUACUGCAAAGCAAACACCUGAAAAAUCUGAAGCUCUAGCUGCCAAAAUCACAAAGAUUCGCGGCAAGGCUAAACCUCGUAAGAGCCUUCUCUUCAUCUACAUCUUGUUGUCACCGAAACUAGUUUAUUUAACUGAUUUGGUGAUAAUCCUCUCUCCACUGUGGUCUUCUUUGAAUAAUAAAGACAAUGUCAACAUAGUCCAAGCCGCUAAGAAAGCCAAGAAUAGUAGACUACGACACCGAAGGGGAGAGCCACUUAUGUGA